GCAUUGAAGAUAACCAGGACCUUCCUCUCCAAUUUCCCCUCGUUUAACAUUCACAAGAACAACCAUUUCCAAUACCUUCAGGGCUUAGCCAAUUCUACACAUUCAGGCGCGGAAACGUAAACCUCGUAAACCGUUCAUCAAAAUGGAACCAACAGCGCCCGAGCAAGCGCGCACCCACGCACCAUAUGGAUCUCCCGCUGCAACGGACAUGGAUCUCGAGGACCAGACCUACCAACCGCGAAAGCGGCCUAUUGUGACCAACAAAGACGUUUCCACGGAGUGGAAGCACGGCUCCAAGGGGCGAGUGAUCAAGUACAUGCUUCUGUGGGCACUACUAGGGUUCAUUGUGGGCGGCAUCAUCGGCAUGAUCAUUGGGCUCUGUUCUGCGAGGGACGGACUCUGCGACGAUAUUUUCGUUUUUAUCUUUCGAAACUAUAACAAGGCCGGCCUCGUCGUCUCUAUUUACCCCGAAUAUCCACCAGCGGCCGAAUUGCAGUCAUUCUCUGGUCUGUACACGAAGCAUCCCCCUGCUCGGAGUGCGACUGAGGGUUUGCGGCCUUCAAUGCACCAAGUCGAUGCGAUCCUACCAUCGUCCAAAUAUUUCUGCGGUCCUUUUGGUUCGGAAAUACAAGAGAUCAACUGGGGCAAUUCUUUGAGAAGGGGUGAAAAUUUCGAGUUCUUGCUUAAUAUCUGCGAUACCCUGACAUUUCGUCAAUACAACAAACGGACCUGA